CCUCGUUUUGUUCUCAGAUCCGACUCAGAGGUUCUCGUUCGGUUGCAGAGAAUGCAGGCUUUAUCACUUUCAUCUGACCAUGGAAGUUCUCUUUGCAAAACCAAAGGGGGUUUAUGUUCACAAUCGCAAAUACUCCCUUUCAAACCCGAUUCAUCACGACGUCUCAACUACAACUACACUUUCACCUCGUCCACUUCACUCUCUGCAAAGUCCACUGCAACUCAAGAAACGAAUCUAAUAUUUCCACUGAGCACUCUAAAAUGGCGCCGCAGAAGCAAGACUGGACAUUUUCUGCCUCCACUUCUCUGUGGCAAUACGUCGAACACUUUGAGUGCUAAUGAUGGUAGUGGUAAUAUCAGUGGUAGGAGUUUUAGGGGUUGGGUGGAGGUGGUUGGGGAGGUAAUAUCCACGGCGUUUCCGAUUUGGGUGGCAUUAGGUUGCUUUUUGGGUCUUGUGAGACCGAAUUCGUUCAAUUGGGUUCAACCCAGAUGGACCAUGAUGGGUAUUACCUUGACUAUGCUUGGCAUGGGGAUGACUCUCACAUUUGAUGAUCUUAAAGGGGCUUUAGCUAUGCCUAAAGAGUUGUUGGCUGGCUUCUUUCUUCAGUAUUCGGUAAUGCCGUUAACAGCAUUUUUUGUCAGUAAACUUCUAAAUUUGCCCUCAUAUUAUGCUGCUGGUUUGAUAUUGGUUGGCUGCUGCCCGGGGGGAACCGCAAGUAACAUUGUGACUUACAUUGCUCGGGGAAAUGUGGCCCUAUCAGUAUUAAUGACUGCCGCUAGCACCGUGUCUGCCGUGGUUAUGACUCCAUUCCUCACCUCCAACUUAGCUGGGCAAUAUGUUGCAGUUGAUGCAAUUGGACUCCUCAAGUCCACACUGCAGGUCGUGUUGCUUCCGGUGUUGGUGGGUGCAUUUCUAAACCAGUACUUUAAAGGAUUUGUGAAAUUAGUAUCACCAUUGAUGCCACCAGUUGCUGUAGCAACAGUUGCUAUACUUUGUGGGAAUGCAAUUGCUCAAAGCUCUUCUGCAAUUCUCAUGUCUGGUCAACAAGUGGUUCUUGCUGCACUUCUACUUCAUAUAUCUGGAUUCUUUUUCGGUUACCUUCUUUCAAGAAUUCUUGGGAUCGAUGUCUCUUCUUCAAGAACAAUAUCUAUCGAGGUUGGCAUGCAGAAUUCGGUACUUGGUGUCGUUCUUGCUACACAACACUUUGGAAAUCCUUUGACUGCAGUACCGUGUGCGGUUUCUAGCGUUUGUCACUCGAUCCUUGGGAGCGCAUUAGCAGGAAUUUGGAGACAAAUUUAACCCGAAUUUCAGGAGCGGAAUGCAUGAAUCUGAAUCUUCGUUUGUAUUUUCAUCGCUCGUCGUGAGUCUUGUAUUCUCGGGGAUUUAGUUAUGACCGAUGGUUAUAAACUUUUGUGGCAUCGAGGCUAGCAUUAGUUUGAACACAAUCAUCUUUAAACGAUGCGUUGUUUUAUUUGUAUUUAUUGUGUUUUAGGUUGCCAAAACCCCCCCGUUAUGUUGUUUGAGUGUUGUC